AUCUUCUUCUUACCAGAAACCCCCCACCUCCUCACAUUUCUCAUUUUUUGAGAGGAAGAAGAAGAAGAAGAAGGCGGCUUGGGAUUUUGAUUUUCCAGCUCCCUUAAUAUUCCCACCUUCUUCGAAUUAAACCUCCAAUGGCGCAACUGAAACUACUCUGUUUCUUUGCUCUGUUUUUAACGGUUACACAUCUCUUUAUCACAGGUGUACAGUCAUCUGCAACAUUUACAAUGGUAAACAAAUGCCAGCAAACAAUAUGGCCUGGAUUAUUAUCCAACGCUGGAAUUGCUCCACUUUCAACCACUGGUUUUGUUCUACAAAAAGGUGAAUCGAAGACUAUUAAUGUACCCUCUUCCUGGGGUGGUCGAUUUUGGGCUCGUACACACUGUACAGAAGAUUCCACCGGAAAAUUCACCUGCGCCACCGGCGAUUGUGGCUCCGGUAAGCUAGAAUGCAACGGCGGUAACGCUGCUCCUCCGGCUACACUAGCGGAAUUCACCCUCGACGGCUCCGGCGGGAUGGAUUUCUUCGACGUGAGUCUCGUCGAUGGGUACAACUUACCAAUGCUUGUGGUACCACAAGGUGGUUCGGGUAACAACUGUACAAGCACAGGAUGCGUGGUGGAUUUGAACGGCGCGUGUCCGUCUGAGCUGAAAGUGACGAGCGUGGGAGGCGAGAACGUCGCGUGUAAGAGCGCGUGUGAAGCUUUCCGGCAAGAUGAAUACUGUUGCGCCGGCGCGUAUAAUAGUCCCAGCAUCUGUAAACCGUCGUCGUAUUCGAUGUUGUUUAAGAAAGCUUGUCCGAGUGCAUACAGUUUUGCUUACGAUGAUAAGACGAGUACUUUCACUUGUACCGGCGCUAAUUAUCUCAUCACCUUCUGUCCAUCUCCUAACACCAGCCAAAAGUCAUCAUCGACCGGUGGGCAAAAUCAAAAUGAAGAACCUGAAGAUAAUAACCAAAGCAACAACAAUGUACCAUCUACGAUAAACGGCUCUAUGGUGUACGAUGGUGCAUGGGAUGUCAGCAGUGCAUCUUCAACCACGUGCAUGCACGUGCUUAGGUCACCGGCCAUGGCCGGUUCCAUCGCCUUCUUGACUGGCAUCUGGCAAUUGCGUCACCUCUUCUAACUUUUUGCUCUGACUUUCUGCUGACAACCCAAUAUUAGGCGGAGGCCCAUCUUGUUUUGUCGGUAUUUGGGGGUGUUAUCACGUGGGGACCCACUUGCGUGGCCUACGUGACGUGGCGCUGAGUCACCUCGAAAAGACUUACGUGGCAAAUACAGAGGGACAACACCUACACACUUUCUUAUUGGAGAAAAGAGAGGUAGCUCCAGCCACAAGUUUAAACACAGAAUAUAUUUGGAGGGGUUAUUUAAUUUUCCUUUUCAGAAUCAUUUUUUACUGUUUACUUGUUUUAGUUAGAAUUAAGAUUGGGAUUAGGAGUUAGAGGGGGAGAUUCAUUUGUUAGGUAGGUUUAGACAUGAUUGUAUAAUAUACUAUUAUUAUUAGUAACUACUGCUGUUGGUGGAAAUUAUACACUUAGAAUGGAUUAGUAAUUUAUUACGA